GGCAUACAACCAACCAGUAGCUUCCGACCUUUGUAGAGUGCGGUUGUGCGUAUAACUAUACAUUUUAGUGCUGUGACAAAUAACGAUACAGUUGAUAAUAUAAGAUUUUGUUACCAUGAUGGAUUUUACAACUAUUAUUACGUUUUUACUUUUGAUAUUUUCCACGGUUGAGUCUCAAAAGCAAUGCAACGAUAAUGAAAUGUGUACAGACAUUUAUGGUUGCAAUUUCGCUCGGAACUUAAUAACCAACUAUAGAGACCAACCAGAAGAUAAAAACAAAAAUUUACAAAUGCUGAGGAAAAUGUUUUGUGGAUAUAGUGGUAAAAUACCAAUGGUUUGCUGCCCAAACGUUACGGCGAACCCUGGCUCGAUAGUGUAUAUCAAAUCUGAAGAAGCAGCCACAAAUCGACCGAAGAAGCCUUCCACAACAGCACUUCCUGACUUAAUCUGUAGGACUUCGAAGCCUGUUGGUACAGCAGAGUUCGAUACGACCACCGAAUCGGUAGAAACGGAGUCUCCGGUGCUUGCUGACCCAUUCCCUGACAGGAUGAUUUGCGGCCAAGAUGGAGGGAGUGACAAGAUCUUUGGCGGAACAGUCGCUGCUGUUGACGAGUACCCUUGGCUGGCGCGAAUUAAAUAUAUUUACAAUACGGACGACAACAGAUUUAGCUUCAGUUGUUCAGCCACCCUCAUCACGGACCGCCAUCUUGUAACCGCCGCUCACUGCUUCUCGAGUAUUAAUUUAAAAGCUAUUAGCGUGCGCUUGGGUGAGUGGAACACAAAUUCACCGAAGGAUUGUCACCAGGGGCUGUGCGCGGAUCCGCCUGUGGAGAUCGAAAUAGAGUCCGUCAUUAUCCACCCCAAGUUCAACAAGAGAAACUUGACUCACGCUGACAUAGCCAUUAUCAAACUGAAGAAGUCUGUCAAUUUUACAGCAGAUUUCAUAGAGCCUAUCUGCCUGCCCACCACAGAGUACAUCAAGAUGCAAGAUUACCAACAUGACAGUUCAUAUUGGACCGCUGGCUGGGGUGUAACCGAAUUUGGUGAACCAUCAGUGGUCAAGCGUAAAGUGGACGUAAUAGCAGUACCUAUAGCCACCUGCCAUGUUGCACUUCCUUACAUCCCAGAAUCUUCGCUGCCAGACCUGAUCUGUGCUGGAGGUAGGCAAGGCAAGGACUCCUGUAGAGGUGACUCCGGGGGACCUCUUAUGAGGGAAGUCAGGGAGAACUAUAAAUCAAACUGGUUCCUUUAUGGGGUCACAAGUUUUGGCAACAAAAAAUGUGGCUUAGCCGGCGUACCCGGCGCCUAUACAAGGGUAUCUUCAUAUAUGGAUUGGAUUAGACAAGUUGUACAAACUUGAUUGUCACCUUCACUAAACUAAAAUCGAAUAAGAACAUUCAUUAUUCAAACAAAUGUCUACUGCUUUGAAUCAUCGAAACUGUAAAGUUUAAGGGGUUUGAGGGACACAAAAUCAAGCUGAGGAGUAGUAUAGUUCGGAGGUAUCAGAUGAAAGAGGCCAGAGAGAAUUUUAGAAAAUCAAACUCGGUACAAAAUGGAACUACAUCGGUACCGAAAUGCUUGAGGUUAAUUUACACAUUCAAUAGUUUUUAAGAAAAAUUGUC